AUGAGCGACAAGAAGGACAAGGGCAAGAAGAAGGCCGUGGUCGUCGACGCGGGGGAAAUCGACGACAUUUUCGCUGCCCCCAAAGCUGUCAAGAGCAAGGCCAAGGGGAAGAAGCGCGAUGAGGGACGGAAGGUAGAGGAGGCAGCGAAGCGGAGCGAGAUGAAGGACAAGGUCAAGAAAUCUAAGAAGAGCGGAGAAAAGCCGAACAAGAAGGAGAAGGAGAACAAGACCCAGCAAUCAAGUGUCGUGGAAGAAGUCGUUGACCCCUCCGUCGCUGUCGUUGCCGCUUUGGAUCGGGCGAAGGAGGCUCGCGCUGGGAACGCAGGGAAACGCGACCGGACCGAGGUCGAGCAAGACCGGUUGUGGCGUGAUAGUCGCGGUGACGGCGACCGCCAGCGCACGGAAGAAGGAUACCUCAUUUUCAAGGAGGCCGAGCUCGGCAUCGACCCCGAAGUUGGCGGCACACCCCUCUGCCCCUUCGACUGCGACUGCUGCUUUUAA